AUGCGAUCUGAAAGGGAUUCCCUUCAGAGUGAUCCAGUCAACAUAGAGGUCACAGGGGGCAGUGUGAUCCUGCAGCGACCUCCCCAGCCUGUGACAGAGGGAGACUCUGUGACUCUGCGCUGUCAUGUACGGUUCGGAUCUUACUUCAGAAUUUACUUCUAUAAGGAUGGUGAACAGCUACCUAUCACGUAUGAUACAAAAAUGACCAUUUCCUCCGUGUCAAGAAAGGACGAGGGCUUCUACAAGUGUAGAACCGAGAACAACAAAGAAUCUCCACAGGCUCAGCUGUCUGUUAGAGCUCGAGUUAAACCUGUCCUGACCCUUGACCCCGUGUGGAGGGAAAUAAUGACUGAAGAUGAGGUCACUCUGAAGUGUGAGACAUCUCCAAAGGCCUGGAAGUAUUACUGGUACAGAGAUGGGAACUUUCUGUCAUAUGGUAACACGUAUACCAUAAGCUCAGCUGAAGUGACUGACAGUGGGAACUACACCUGCCAGAGAUCGUACUGGAAAGAUACAGCUAUGAGUGACCCAGUGCCCAUCACAGUGAUCGAUGCCUCUGUGGUCCUGCAGCUGUGGCCCCAAACUGUGACAGAAGGGGACACUGUGACUUUGCGCUGUCAUUAUAAACACUGGUUUUCCCAAGCUUUCUUCUACAAAGAUGGAGUUCAACUCCAGUCCCAGUCCCUGCUAAACAAGAGGAUUGAUAUUGCCUCAAAGAGAGAUGAGGGCUCCUACAGAUGUGAAAUUAAUUCUUAUUACGAGAGAAAAAAAUCAGGCAACGUGAAGCUGUCUGUGAGAGACUUGUUCCGCUCCGUGUCUCUCACAGCUCUCUCCUCUUCCACUGUCCUGGACGGAGAGCCAAUCUCCCUGCACUGUGAGGUCCAGGUGUCCCAGGUGUCCCAGCCAGCUCGCCCUCUGCAGUACAGCUUCUACAGAGGCUCCCAGCUGGCUGUCUCCCUGAGGAAGCCCUGGUACAACAUCGCGCGGGCAGAGUUCAGCCGGAGCAACGGCUCGUACUCCUGCGCGGUCCAGCUGUCCAGCAGCAGCAGUGUCUCCAAGAGAAGCGCCCCCGUGGACAUCCAAGUACAGGGUCUCCCUGUCUGGGGUGUGCGCGCCGGGUCCGUGCCCGCGGACGGCCGCGUGCUGGAGGGCGCCGUGCUCACGCUCUCCUGCUCCGUGGAUGAGGCAUCUGUGCCCCUGUGGUUUGGGUGGCACCGACAGGCCGGCGGGCACACUGAGCGCUUGAACCUUCAGCUGUCCCCCGACAAGAGGGCAGAGAUGAAGCUGACUGUAACUGAAGAGCACGGAGGAAAUUACUCCUGCUGGGCAUCGUACGGGCAGGAAGAGCAGGAAACCCUGAGCCAGCCCAUCUCUGUCACUGUACUGGGUGAGCACAGC